AUGUCGGACGUAGAAGAGAACAACGCCCCCGAGGUGGCCGAGGAGGUCGAGGUUUCCGCCGAUGCCGGCUCCAAGGGCCAGAUGUCCGUUCUUGACGCCCUCAAGGGUGUCCUGAAGCUCGCCCUCAUGCACGACGGUCUUGCCCGCGGUCUCCGUGAGGCUUCCAAGGCCCUCGACCGCCGCCAGGCCCACAUGUGCGUCCUCAACGAGGCUUGCGAGGAGGAGGCCUACAAGAAGCUUGUCAUCGCUCUCUGCUCCGAGCACAAGAUCCCCCUGAUCAAGGUGCCCGACGGAAAGCAGCUCGGCGAGUGGGCUGGUCUUUGCGUGUUGGACCGUGAGGGUAACGCCCGCAAGGUCGUCAACUGCUCUUGCGUCGUCGUCAAGGACUGGGGUGAAGAGUCCCAGGAGCGCUCCAUCCUUCUCAACUACUUCCAGACCGAGCAGUAA